CAACAAAUGGUCUCAGUCUCAUUAAUGAUAGCCUCUGCCUCUUUCCCAACUUCCGACCAACCAACCGCCGGAAAAUGUCAACUUCCGACCACCGGUAUCUUUCAUUUCCUCCAUUGUUCUUCAGAAUUUGAGCUCAAAUAAAGUAUACCAUUCGAACGGCCGAUGCACAUUGCAUAGACCAUCUACCUUUUGAAUCCUCACGCCGGAAGCUCGAGGCGAGCAGAUCUCCGUAGCUGUGCUUCCGCUCUGUUAAUUGAUUGCCGGGGCCCGACAGCGUUUCUUGAAUGGAGUUGCUAUAAAUAUCGUCUCAUUGAGAUUUAGCUGCUUAUAAUGAAGUGGUGGUGGCUAUAAAUAAAUAUAGAGGAAAAAUAAAUGAAGAGGUGGUAUGGAGGAACGUUCAUACUAGCACUCGCCACAAUCUUGGCUCUGCGUUAUGGCCUUAUGAAUGUCCACCCUAAAAGGCAAUCGGCAUAUGAUUUUUUCAGAAACCAUCCGACCAAGGAUCCUCAUAGUAGAAACAGUGACUCUUUGGAAACUGUAGUGAAAGCAUCACAGCGGCCUCAUCUUAUACAUGUUGAUGGACUCAGUAAUCUAACUGCUCCAGAUAAUAUUACUAAGCGAGAGACAGAGGCCUUACUUCUAUGGUCUCAUAUGCAUCCCCUGCUGUCGAGGUCUGAUGCUUUGCCUGGAACGGUAGAAGGGGUCAAAGAGGCUUCCAUAGCAUGGAAUGAUCUAUUGUCAACUAUUAAGGCAGAAAAGACCAUAAAAGUUGGCAAUACCAACAACUCAAAGGAUGAAAUAUGCCCUUCCUCUGUAAGCUCACCUGACGAAAUUGCACCGACUGGGGGAGUCAUUCUUGAGAUUCCUUGUGGUUUAGUUGAGGAUUCUUCUAUUACCCUUGUUGGCAUACCUAAUGGACAGCAAGGGGGCUUCCAGAUUGAAUUGUUGGGCUCUCGGGCUUCCAGAGAGCCAAAUCCUCCUAUUAUCUUGCAUUACAGUGUCAGUUUUCCUGGUGACAAUAUGGCUGAGGAAUCAUUUAUAGUUCAAAGUACAUGGACCAAUGAACUUAAGUGGGGCAAAGAGGAGAGAUGUCCAACCCAUCUGGCUGCAAGCUCUCACAAAGUUGAUGGACUUGUUCUUUGUAAUGAGCGUGUUCUCAGAAGCAUUGGAGCAGAAAAUAUCAGUAUGCAUCACGAUGGUGGUGAUCCCCUGACAAAUAUUUCUAGAGGGCAAGCCCAUGAAAGUGUCAAUUUUCCAUUCAUCGAGGGCAAUCUGUUCACUGCAACAUUGUGGAUUGGUUUGGAGGGAUUCCAUAUGACUGUCAAUGGAAGACAUGAAACCUCAUUUGAAUAUAGGGAGAAACUUGAACCAUGGACUGUUAAUCAAGUCAAGGUAACCGGUGGUUUGGAUCUUCUCUCUUCCUUGGCUAAAGGCUUACCAGUUUCUGAGGAUCACGAGUUUAUUGUUAAUUCUGAGCACCUUGGAGCUCCCCCUAUCUCCAAGAGAAGACUUCUAAUGUUGGUUGGGGUUUUUUCUACUGGAAAUAAUUUUAAGCGUCGUAUGGCCUUGAGAAGGACUUGGAUGCAAUAUGAGGCUGUACGUACUGGUGACAUAGCAGUCCGAUUUUUCAUAGGCUUUGAUAAAAACGCACAAGUCAAUUUGGAGCUGUGGAGAGAAGUGGAAGCUUAUGGUGAUAUUCAGUUGAUGCCUUUUGUUGAUUAUUACAGCUUGAUCACUUUGAAAACAAUUGCAAUUUGCAUGUUUGGGAGCAAGAUUCUUCCUGCAAAAUAUAUCAUGAAGACAGAUGAUGAUGCAUUUGUUAGGAUUGAUGAAGUCCUAUCUGGACUAAAGAGCAGGCCAGCUACUGGCCUAUUAUAUGGUCUUAUUUCCUUUGAUUCAUCACCCCAUAGAGAUAAAGACAGCAAGUGGCAUAUCAGUCCUGAGGAAUGGCCAAAUGCAACAUACCCUCCUUGGGCACAUGGUCCCGGAUAUGUCAUAUCACGAGACAUCGCAAAAUUCAUCAUCCAAGGCCACCAGACUAGAGUCCUCAAGCUUUUUAAGCUUGAAGAUGUUGCAAUGGGCAUAUGGAUUGAGCAAUUCAGCAGAAGCGGGAAAGAGGUACAGUACAUCAAUGAAGAAAGGUUUUACAACUCUGGCUGUGAAUCCAAUUACGUUCUGGCCCAUUAUCAAAGCCCAAGAUUGGUUUUAUGCCUUUGGGAAAAGCUGCAGAAGCAGUUUGAACCCAAUUGCUGUGAUUAGUGUUUAUUUGAUUAGGAUCGGGUUGUUUUAUGAAAAUAUUUGAAAUCUAUUGGGAUUAUGAUAAAGAAUGAUGACGUUUUGAGACAAGGGAAAUCUCUGUUA